AUUAGCCCACCGCAGCCGCGUGAACCUUUGCGCAACCCCUCGCUGAGCCCGCUUCGAAGCCUCAGAGCGAUACCGCAGACGGAUCUGUGAUCCCCAGUCUGCCCAGCAUGGCGCCGCCGCCGCACAGCAAGCCCGAGAAUACUCUCAAACGCGCACAAGAACUUAUCGGAGUGCAGCAGCCCCAGGCCGCCCUGUCGCUCCUCCACGAACAUGUCAUAUCCAAGCGCACACGCAAUAGCCCCAUCGCCUCCCUCGAGCCGGUGAUGAUCCUGUUUGUCGAACUCUGUGUCGACCUCAGGAAAGGCAAACUUGCCAAGGACGGCCUCUACCAGUACAAGAACACCGCCCAGAACACGAACGUCGGAACUAUUGAGGUUGUGUUCAAGCGCUUCAUUGAGCUCGCGGAGAAGAAGGUCACCGAUGCUCAAGAAAAGGCAGCCGAGGUGCACAAGGCCACCGAGGGCCCCGCUGCUGAUGGUGUAGAGGAAGAAGCAGGAGCGAAGGCCGUGGAUGAUCUCGAGGCUUCUGAAACUCCCGAAUCCAUUCUGCUGUCGACCGUUUCUGGCGAACAGUCCAAGGACCGUACCGACCGAGCCAUCGUUACACCAUGGCUCAAGUUCCUCUGGGAGACGUACCGCACAGUGCUGGACAUCUUCAAGAACAACGCGCGUCUCGAGAUCAUGUAUCAGUCGACCGCCCUCCAAGCCUUCCAGUUCUGCCAAAACUAUACCCGCAAGACCGAAUUCCGUCGCCUUUGUGAGCUUUUGCGCAACCAUCUCCAGAAUGCCGCCAAGUUCUCAUCGCAGAUGCACGCGAUCAACCUGUCCGACCCAGACACCCUCCAGCGUCACCUCGACACCCGUUUCCAGCAGCUGGACGUUGCAGUCAAGCUCGAGCUUUGGCAGGAGGCUUUCCGCAGCGUAGAGGACAUUCACACUCUUCUUACUCUGAGCAAGCGUCCCGCGAAGAACAAUAUGAUGGCCAGCUACUUCAAGCAUCUUACCGAGAUCUUCCUUCGCAGCGAAAACUACCUUUUCCACGCUGCGGCAUGGAGUCGUUACUACAACCUCCUGCGACAAUCUGCCGCCGCAGUUGCUGCUGGCCAGUCAAAGAAGGACAACCCUCCGGUCACCGAAGCCGAUAUUGUGAACACCGCCUCUUUUGUCCUCCUCUCCGCGCUGUCUAUUCCUGUGAUCAGCACUACCCGUUCGCGAGGUGCUCUGGUUGAUGUAGACGAGGCUAGGAAGAACAAGAACUCUCGUCUGACCAAUCUCCUCGGCAUGUCGCAAGCUCCUACUCGUGCUAUCUUGUUCAAGGAUGCGCUGUCCAAGGGACUUCUCAAACGCGCACGUCCUGAGAUCCGGGAUCUGUACAACAUUCUUGAAGUGGACUUCCACCCUCUCUCCAUCUGCAAGAAGAUCUCGCCAAUUCUGGAGCAGAUCGGCGCUGACGAGGCUAUGAAGAUUUACAUUGGACCUCUCCAACAAGUUAUUCUCACUCGCUUGUUCCAGCAGCUGUCACAGGUUUACGAUUCUGUUGAGAUCAGUUUUGUGCUCAAACUCGCCCAAUUUCCUGAGUCGUUUGAGGUUACCAGCGGCACUAUCGAGAAGUUCAUUAUGAACGGUUGUAAGAAGGGUGACCUAGCCAUCCGCAUUGACCACGCCGCUGGUGUCCUAACAUUCGACUCUGACGUCUUUUCUUCUGCCAAGGCCAUGCACCCUGGCUCAGGCGCAGGUUCUGCUGAGAGCGAGGCACGGUCGGUUCAGCGUCUCCAGAGUACACCUGCUGAGAUCGUUCGAUCCCAGAUCACCCGCUUGGCGAAGUCUCUCUUCGUCACCUGCCAAUAUGUCGAUCCCAGUUUCAACGCCGAAAGGCAAAAGGCAAAGGAGGCUGCUCUCCUCCGGACCAAGGAGGGUGCCGAGAAGGAGCAUCAGGCUACCCUUGCCCGUCGUGAUAUCAUCUCACAGAAGAAGGAAGCUGCUCUCAAGGCCCAGCAGGCGAAGGAGACCGAGGAACAAACCAAGCGAGCCCUUCGCAUUCAACAAGCCAAGGAGGAAGAGAGCCGCCGUCUUGCCGAGGAACAGCGCCAGCGUGCUGCAGCACGUAUCCAGGCAGAACAAGCACGCGUCCAGCGUGAGGAGCUUGAGAAACAACUCAAGGAACUCAAGGAAUCUGUGGCAGUUGAUCUCGAUCUCCCAGAAGACAUCAGCGAGCUCGACUCUACCCGCAUUCGUGCCAUGAAAUUGGCAGCUCUCGAGAAGGAGAAGACCCUACUCGGUGAGCAGCUACGCAUUGCCGGUAAGCGAAUCGAUCACCUCGAACGUGCGUACCGCAAAGAAGAGAUCAAGCAUCUCAAGGACGAUUAUGAAAAACAGCAAAAGGAUGAUGAAGAAGCAUACGAGAAGGCCAAGCAAGAAGAGCUCAAGGAGGCUGAGCAAAAGCACAAGGAAGAUGUUGAGCUCAAGCACCGCCUGUCUAGGCUCGUACCAGCCUACCAGAGCUUUGUCAAUGAAGUAAAGCAAUCGCGCAGGGCAGAGUUUGAAAAGCGCAGCAAGAUUGCACAAAAGGAGCUCGAACAGAAGAAGGCGAAGCGCGUCCAGGAAAUCAAGGAGCGGAUCGCAAAGGAGAAGCGCGAACGAGAAGAGGCAGAGCAAAGAGAGAGGGAAGAGCGCGAGAGAGAGGAAGCGGAGCGGGAAGCCAAGGAGCAGGCGGAAGCGGAGCGACGGGAGAAGCUUCUGGCCGAGAAGGCUGCUCGCGAUGCAGAGAGAGCCGAACUUGCUGAGAAGGCACGUCUCCAGCGACAGCGAGAAGAGGAGGCCGAGGCAAGGCGCGCUGCGAAGAAGUCCGCGCCCUUCUCGCGCGACGUUCCGGUACGCGAUGCACCGGUACGCGAUGUGCCGGCACGCGAACAAGCCUCACCUGCUGCUGGCGGUCCACCCCGACUUGCGCUUGCAGGCAACAAGCCAACGUGGCGCGAACGUGAGGCCAUGAAGGCCGCUGGUCAACUUCCGCCUACAGAAUCUGCUGCCCCUGCCCCUGUAGCUGCAGCUCCGUCUCCAGCAGCCGAGGAGGCACCCAGGAGGAGCGGUUAUGUUCCUCCUCACCUCCGUAACCGCGACGGUGGCGAUGCACCUGCUGCUGGUGGAUGGCGUGGGCGUGAAAGCAGCGGACGUGGACCCGAGGAUCGCAACGAGUCUCCUGCUGCUUCCUCCGGUCGUUACGAGGCGCCAGUACGAGGUGGAUUCAGGUCUCGCGAAGACUCAGGGAGGACAGGAUCCCCCGCAACCGGCGGUGGUUACGCACCCCCGGGUCGACGUGGUACACCAGGAGAUGCUCCUCCUGAGAGCUCGCGUCCUCCUCCACCAACGCAGGCCCCCAGCGAUGGCAAGUACAGGCCUGGUAUGUUCAAGAGGGGUGGACAGUAAGUUUGUGAUGCAUUCAACGACGGCAAUGUUCAAGCUUAUGAAAAUGACUUCGGUCUGCUGUACAUGAUGUAUCGGUACAGCAGAGCAAUGGUUUGGGCAACACAUGGACGAACGGGCAAACAGUGGGGAGAUGGAUGGUUGGAGUUGUGUUCCCGAAACCCGCUUUUCCAAUUUCUUAGUAUUAGGUGCAUCAGACAGGCAUCUUCUUGGACUCUCGUAGAUAGAUAAGACGUUGGGUGUGCAGCAUUGUCAUAAUUCCAUAUGGGGUGUUUUAAAAAGUUCAACGUUGAGGAUGGUCUUCCAGGACUUGGUGUGCGAGAUGUUUCUUUUCGUGAACCUGACGAGGUCUGGUGUUCCCACUAGUAAUGUUCAUGUACAUGAAGACUACACU